AUGGAAUAUUUAAAUUUAUCUACUAUUACUGCAUCUUUAAUUGGUGCAGGAGCUGCUUAUGCAUUUUUAAAAAAUAAAAUUAAUAGUAAUAAUAACAAUUCAUGUGGUUCAAUUGAAUUUCCAACAAAUGUUUUAAAUAGAUGGAGUAAAUUAAAUAAUGGAUAUAGUUGGGAAAUGUUUUUAGAAGAAAUUAAAGAAAUACCAGAUCCAUCAAAAUUUAAAAGUCAAAUUGAUAAUUGUCUUUUAUUGAAAUUAUCUGGAAAUCAUUAUGAAGCAUUAGUUCAAUUUCUUAAAAUUUUAACAACUAUUGAAAAAUUAAAAUCAAAUAAAAAUUUAUAUUAUAUAACAAUUAAUGAUUAUAUAAAUGAAAAUAAAGAAAUAUUAGUAUUAAUGAAAGAAUCAAUUCAAUUAAAAGAUUUAAUGAAUGCAUUCUUUAGUGAAGAUGCAUGGGUUAAUGAAAAAGAGUUGUCUGGUGAUGAUAAAAGUGUGACCUAUUCCUAUAAACAUAAUGGUAGACAAUUAAAAGCAAGAAAAUUUAUAAAAGUAAUCGAUAAGCCAAUUAAAAACUUGUUAUUAAGAGUGGAAGAACUUCAACUUUUUAACACAUGGAAGUGGUACCAACAUAUAACAAGAUUGGAUGAUUAUAAAGGAACCAAACUAGUUAGUAUCAUUUCGGUGUUAAGUAGAUUCAUUCUAUUUAAUCGUGCUGCCUAUUGCUGGACAUUAACUUACACUCUUCCAGAUGGUAGUGUAAUCGUUGCAGUGAAUGGUGCAAAUAAUAGACAAUCCGAUUACGAACUUCCACCAUUACCAAAACAAUUCUCUCAUCCUGAUAUAUUCUUCCAUGCUUGGAGAUUCAUCCCCUUGUCACCCACCAAAACCAUCGUUGUCUCUGUAAUGGAAUCGGAUCCAAAAAUUUGGUUUCUUCCUUUUGAAGGUUUCAUUGCUCAAGGUCGUACUUUUGGUUGUAGAGAAUUGGUAUUAUUAGAUCAACAUUCAACAUAUAUUAAAGGUACUGAAUAUGAAGAUCUUUUAGAGAAAAAUCCACUUUAUAAACAAGUUGAUAAAAUUCUUUUUGAAAAAUUUAAUAAAUAA